CUCAUGUCAAACAACUGCCAUUGCCAUUGAGUGCCGAUGGGUGGGGUGAUAUACUCCUAUAUAAUGUGGAGCACUGUGAUCUAUCCGGCUAGGGCUCUUGAUUUCUUGUUUCCCCGCACCCAUCACACCAAGUUAGCUGUUACUCCUCGUCUACCCUUCGAUCUCUGAGAGGAGGAUAGACGGUGAUGAUGAAGCGGCACGUGAUCCUCAGGCGGAGUCAUCCGCCGCCGCCGCCGCCGCCGCCGCCGGAAGCAUCGAUGGCGAUGGCGUUCAGCGGGUGCUGCCGCGACGUGCUCUACGGGGAGUGCCGGCGGAACCACGCGGCGAGGAUGGGAAGGUACGCGGUGGACGGGUGCCGGGAGUUCCUGGCCGAGGGGGAGGAAGGCACCAGCGGUGCGCUACGCUGCGCCGCGUGCGGCUGCCACCGCAACUUCCACCACCGGGUGGUGGUGCCGCGCUGCUGCUGCAGCGACCCGGAUGACGCCGCGGCUUCCGGUCGCAGCAGGGACUGCUCGACGGAGUCCACAGCGUCCAGCUCCACGGCCAGCUAGGAAGGCAGGAACUCGCAAGAUCAAUCACAGUAUCACACAGAUCGGCCGGCCAUGUUGAUCGACCGAUCCCAUCAGGUGUCCAAGUUACCGAUCCAUCAAACUUUUAUCCUCUUAUAGAUAGUUGCAUUGCCUACUUGUUUCUUCUCUGACUAGCUUUACUAGCUAGCUAGUGCAUUCGUUGUGCUUACUCUCUUACUCUUUUUCAGUAGUAUAUGUAUUCAUUGUGUUGGACGUGUGUCCAUUCACGCGCUCUCCCUGUGUCUCCCCCUACGCUCGCUAUUUUUUAUCUGGAUGAGAUUAAUUA